AUGGCAGACAAAAACAUUUAUAAAUAUGUAAACUCUUUUGAUGAACAUAGGCAGAAAUUGGAGAGCUAUAAAGAGGAUUCUGCAGAAAGUUUUCUCGGAAAAUCCACAUGUGAUGCUUUUAAAGAUGAUGUUCCUGGAAUUGAAAGCAAUGAUUUUUUAAACAUAUGUCACAAGGGUACAUAUUAUUUAUAUACACAAUAUAAAACUAACUAUGAUAUUAUAACUGAUAUUGCUUGUGUAUAUCUUUAUUUUUGGAUAUAUCAUUAUAUUCUUAAAGAAAAAGCUAUAGACAUUAAAAAAAUGGUUUAUAUUAAUUUGAUGGAUGCAUCUGGUGCUACAAAUAUGGAUACAUACCAAUUUUAUGGAAAAUAUGUUACUGAGGAUAUAUUGAAAAAAAUGAAAGAUUUGUAUGAUAUGUAUUCUAAUCUUAAUAACUUAGAGGAUAACUGUUCUAGUGAUAGUGAAUUCAAUUUUUUAAACGAUUGUGCUUCUUCAUAUAUGUGUUACCAGGAAAUAUGUAAAUCCAACAAAGAUCCUGAUUUUUGUGCUAAAAUAGAAUAUCAAAUAUUACCUUCUUUUCGAAAACGUAAAAUAUAUGUUUUUAUUAUAAUUCCAAUUGUUCUACUAUUAAUAAUAUCCCUUUCUUUAUUUUAUGUGUCCAAGUUUACUAAACAUGACUCAUGGAUACGCCUUUUAAUCAAAAGAAUAAAAAAUAAAUUCAACAGUAUUGAUGAAGUGUGGGAUUCAUUGCAAACAUAUGAAGUAUCUAGCAAUAUUUCAAGAAAUAUGAGAUGUAAUAUAUUAUAUAAUACUGAAUAA